CCGGCCACUCGGCUCAUCUGUGCAGCAGACCCUGCUCCACGGUUCUACCUGUUCCUUGGUCCAGUGGUGUCCUCACUGUCUUCUCUCCCUGGCGCCGGCAUCUUUAGUGUGCCCACUGCGCAUGUGCGAAAAGUGCUGUGCUUUGUGAAUGGUCCGGCAGUCUUCUGAGACCUGUCACGUGUCUGCAGUCUCUGGUCAUCUCCUGUAGUAUGUCCACAGUCUCUGGUCAUCUCCUGUAGUAUGUCCGCAGUCUCUGGUCAUCUCCUGUAUCUCCUGUAUGUCCGCAGUCUCUGGUCAUCUCCUGUAGUAUGUCUGCAGUC